GAUUCCAGAAGAGACCUAAGUAAAAAAAGCUCUCCUCAGUAGGUCACAUGAACAUUCCACAUAUAUUCCGCAAGCGGUAUAAAUCCCCUUAUCCAUAGUGAAGUAAGAUGGAGAUGUUCAAGAUUCCAACAAAGAAACUAUUUUGGGCUGUCUGUGCAAUAGGGAUUGGCGGGACCUUUCAAUAUGGAUAUAAUCUAUCAAUUAUUAAUGCACCUACAACUCAUGUACACAAGUUCAUUAAUGAAACCUGGUAUUUACGCUACAAAUCCCAGUUAGAUGAAGGCCUACUAACGCUCAUUUGGUCAGUAAUAGUUUCAGUGUUUACAAUAGGUGGACUUCUUGGGACAUUUAUUGGUGGGCUUGCAGCAGUAAAGUAUGGCAGGAAAAAUGUUCUCCUGGUGAAUAAUGCUGUAGCAAUUCUCGCUGCUCUUGUCAUGGGAAUGGCGCAACCAGCUGGAUUAUUUGAAUUUUUGAUAGUUGGAAGAUUCCUUAUAGGAAUCAAUGCAGGUGUUGGAAUGUGUGUACAACCAUUAUACCUGGGAGAAAUAGCUCCCAAGAAAAUAAGGGGUCUUACAUCCGUGGGCAUUAAUAUUUUCCUGACUGUUGGGAUCUUGGCAGGACAGAUCAUUGGCUUACGAGAGGUGUUGGGUGGUGAAAACACCUGGUCUUUACUACUGUCGUCUUGUGCCAUUCCGGCACUCAUACAACUAGUGACACUACCAUGCUUUCCUGAGAGUCCCAGAUACCUUCUACUAGACAAGAAAGAUGAAUAUCAAUGUCAGAAGGUACUUAAAUCAUUUUAUGGUGCACACCACUACCAAAUGGAAAUGGAAGAUAUCCAGCAAGAAUUACGUGCUUCAAACGGAGAGAAACAGAAAAAGAUGCUGGAGCUGUUCUUUGAUCAGUCAAUAAAAUGGCAACUUAUUACCAUUAUUGUAACUAACAUUGGACAGCAGCUCUGUGGAAUCAAUGCAAUAUAUUUUUAUGCGGAAUAUGUAUUUAAAAAAUCUGGGAUUCCCACUGAAAACAUCCCUUACGUCACACUGGGGACCGGAGUCUGCGAAUGUAUCACUGCUAUGACAUGUGGUUUGCUGAUAGACAAAGCUGGAAGACGAAUUCUCAUCAUUGGAGGAUAUUCCCUAAUGGCACUGUUUUGUAUAGUAUUAACAGUAACACUCGCAUAUCAGGAUUCGUAUCCAUGGGUGCCUUAUUUUAGUAUGGCAGCUAUUUUUAUCUUUAUAUUAAGUUUUGGUUUAGGACCAGGUGGUGUCACAAAUACCUUAACUGCAGAGUUAUUUACUCAGUCAGCGCGUACAGGAGCUUACAUGAUAGGAGGAUCAAUUAACUGGAUAAGUUUUUUCGCUAUAGGAAUGGUUUUUCCAUUUAUAGUGAAUGGAUUAAAUCAGUACUGCUUCCUGGUUUUCUUUGUGACCUGCAUUUUAAUAGCUGCCUUUAUCUACAUAAUUGUGCCUGAAACAAAGAACAAAUCAUUCAUCGAUAUCAAAGAAGACUUCCAGAAACUUAACUAUGGACACUCUUAUAUAAGCUCCCAACAAGUGGAAGAUAAUUAUAGUAGUACGCUAGAUGAAACCAUGUGAAUGCACACCUUUUAUAUUAGAUAAUAAAAUGGCCACCAUUUGUAUGCAAACAGCUAUAAAUAUGA